AUGCCGAAGAUUCCUCGGGCAACUGUUCGGACGAGUUUUCUGGCCUGGGCUGCCAUCACUUUGGCGUUUGCAUGGACAGGCAGCCCUUUACCUUGGCGCAUUCUUCCAGGCCAUGUUCAUGGAGACUCCGAGCCUGCUCCGGUGGAGUUCUCUCGGAACAGGGAUAAUCCCUUCAUAGAUGCCGUGGCGGGCACCAUCUGUGCUGGCAUCGCUUUUACCCUUCUGUGGUUAAAUGAAGGCCAUGCGGUUAGGAUCGAGCAGCUGCUUGAUUUGGUGCGCCGCCGCGUCAUCGAGAUCGGGCCUACUGCUGUCCCCGGAAACCAGAGGCAGCUGGUAUAUCUGCAGGGGGACGCGACAUCAGCAGACCAGUUGGUGCUGUCAGAAUGGGCAAACAUCUCCGCUCCUGCCAACUCCGCCAAGCUCAGGGCGCAAGCCUUCAUGUACCAAUGGGAGCAGGAGAAGGACGACCAGAGUGUGAAGUACAAGAAAGUUUGGAAGAACCACCGGAUCAACUCGGACCGGUUUCAAUAUUCUGGACAUCACAACCCAGUUUUCCCAGUGGCUCCGACUUGCAUGAAGUUGGCCAAGGUGGCCGUGGGAGACUUUGUCCUGUCCAAGAAGAUGCUGGGAAAGCUCCAGAACUACCAGCCCUGCGAAAUCAGCAAUGCGGCCAUUCAAGCGAUCAACGCCAACCCACGGAUGAGUCGCUACGGAGUGGGACAGCUCCAGGAUUUCUCCCCCUCCUGGUUUCAGUCGCAGAAGCCGGCGGUCUUCUUCCCCAUUGACGCCGCGAACUCCCUCGCGAACCCAGGGAUUGGCGACCUGAUUCUCAUCUUCGAGUACGUGCCCUGCGGGCCCGUGAGCCUCCUGGGGGUGCAGGUGCCCUUCGAAGCCGUGCAUGCGGGUCAGAUCUUGGUCCCCGGCAUCCGAUGCCACGUCUCCGGGAAGGCGGCCGAGAUCUGCGAGGUGACGCCUCCGCCCAGGCCGAUCAAGGUCCACUUCACCGAGCGAGCAAUGGGAGCAGACACCGAUUUCUUCGAAGUCAGCGAUGUGCAGUGCACCGAUGCCCCGGAUCCCUGGGAAGUGGGGCCCAACCAUUGGACCUUCGUUCCACUGCAAUUCAAUCAGAGCAAGACCGAGCGAUCUGCGUGGGUAAGAGCCAACACCACCACGACGAACAUCGCAGACGAGAUGGGGCAGACCCUGUUGGGCGCGAGCGAGGAUGACAUAUACAUCGAGGACGACCGAUCGAUCAGUUUGCAUCUCCAGCACGGGGUGGACCAGAUGUUUCAUGCCCGGCACUAG